AUGACGGUGGUCAUCAUUGUUAGCGACAAAAAUCACUUCAAGAUGUUUCUGGCGUUGGCAAUUGACUAUCGGAAGCAACUUAUCUUAAAAGAAUUAAUUGGAUACAACGCUGAUAUAAUCUGUCUGUGUGAAGUCGAUGGUAAAGUCUUUGAUUCAGAUUUGAAACCUCUUUUCUCUUCAUUGGGUUUCGGAGCUGAAUUUGGAAAAAAAGGUGGACCAGUGGAAAGGAAGGUGGACCAGGGGAAGGAGACAUGUUUAUUCAAUACGUCCAAAUUUCGGCUGGUUGAAUCAUGUAGCCAUAUUUUGGCCGAAGAGUUGCCGAAAAAUCCAUUAGUUAAUGAUUUAUGGGAAGCUGUGCAAAAAAAUGAAGAUUUGUCUAAACGAAUCAUUGACCGUACUACUUGUUGUCAUCUUCUUGUCCUGGAUUCGCUGUUGAACGGUAAACGAGUAGUUGUAGCUAACACGCAUCUUUAUUUUCACCCAAAUGCGGACCACAUUCGUCUACUACAAUCAUGUGUAGCUCUGCGCUUAGCACAAAAUUUGCGAAAUUGUCAAUUGGAACUUGGAAAGGAAGUUUCCCUUUUAUUUUGCGGGGAUAUUAAUAGUACUCCAGGAUCCGGUGUCUUUGAACUGAUGACAUUACAACACAUAGAUCAUAGCAACGAGGCGUGGUCAAGCAAACCAGAAGAAGCAGUGCGGGACUUAUCUCUUCAUAUAAACCCAAUUGCGAUGGAAACUGCCUGUGGCACUCCUCCUUUUACUAAUUACACUAGUGGAUUCAGUGGUUGUCUCGACUACAUUUUUUUUGAAAAAUCCAAGCUCGUCGUUGAACAGGUUGUCCCCCUUCCCAGUCUAGAGGAAGUUACUCGACACUGUGCGCUCCCCAGUAUAGUGUUUCCUUCGGAUCACAUUGCCUUGAUCGCCGACCUCAAAUGGGUGUGAUUUUAACUGCCGUUUGAACUAACUAGCAAAUACAUCAUGGACGGCUUCUCUAAAUAAAUGUUUAAAACAAA